UGAGAGGAGGGCCCAGGGAGAAAGGAGGGGAGGUUGGGAGGAGGGACAGAUAACCCACAGCCUGGGGGCUCAGGAGAGAAGGUUUCAACUUCCUCGGGAUCCUCUGACUUAUUGCCUGAGCCCUUGAACUCAGUCCCUGGAUAUGCUGCAAGGAACGGAUCUCCACCUCUCCUCCCAGUGACAUCAGUGGGGUCUCUGUCUUCUCAGAGACAGAAAUACCAAGAGACACAUCUCUCCUCUCUCUCCCUCCACUGCCUGGACACUGCCACAGGUUGCUGGGGUGACCUUGGCCUGGGGGGGAGCCUUCCCUGGCUCCUGGCCUGGUAGGAUGCCCCCGUGUCCUCCACAGCAGAGCAGAAACCGGGCUACGCUGCUUGCUGCCCCUGAGCUGGGAGAGAUGGAGCUGACCUGGCAGGAAAUUAUGUCCAUCACAGAGCUGCAGGGCCUUGAUAUCCAAAAUGAGCCAAGCUUUGAGUCCCCAGUGCCAUAUUCUGGGCCUGCAGCUCCCCCUGCUUAUGGACCUUGCACAGUUCUCGCUGACACCGGCAGUCACCUCACCUCACCCUAUGAGGGUCUCUACCAGGACUUCCACCCCCCCUCAGCCCUGGUUCCAGACUCUCCCUAUGCCUACAGCAGCCUGGCCCUUCCCGUCUCCAAGCCCAUGACCCUCUCAGGACUCCUCAGCGACCCUCUCCCCAAGUCCCUGUCCCUGCUGGACAUGGGGUUGCCUGUGGGACCCACUAAACCUCAAGAGGAUCCUGAAUCUGACUCUGGUUUGUCCCUCAACUACAGUGAUGCAGAAUCUCUAGAGAUGGAGGGAAUAGAGGCUGGGAGACAGAGAGGAGAAUAUGUGGAGAUGUUCCCAGUGGAGCACCCCUACCCACUCAUGCCUACCUCUCUAGUCCAUCCCAGCUAUGCUCUGCCACCUCCUGAGACUCACCUGACUUUUGAACCUACGCUGUGUCCUGGAAGGGCCAAACCCUCAGGGCGAGCAGAGUCAGGAAGCAGGGAUGAACGCAGAGCUCUGGCCAUGAAGAUCCCCUUCCCCACCGAGAAAAUAGUCAACUUACCCGUGGAUGACUUUAAUGAGCUGGUGGCUAGGUACCCACUGAGCGAAAGCCAGCUUGCCCUUGUCCGGGACAUCCGGCGGCGGGGCAAGAACAAGGUAGCUGCCCAGAACUGUCGAAAAAGGAAGCUGGAGACCAUCGUGCAGCUAGAACGAGAAUUGGAGAGGUUGAGCAAUGAGCGGGAACGGCUACUCAGGGCCCGAGGGGAGGCCAACCGGACCCUAGGGGCCAUGCGCCAGCAGCUGUCAGAGCUAUACCGAGAUGUCUUCCGGAGGCUUCGUGACGAAGCUGGCAAUGGCUACUCCCCAGAAGAGUAUGCCUUACAACAGGCUGCUGAUGGUGCCAUCUUCUUGGUGCCCAGGGGAGUCAAGAUGGAGACAUCAGACUGAAUGGGGAAAGAGAAGUUAGGAGGGAAAAGAAAUUGGAAGUAGUAAGGUGUGCUUUUCCUUCUUCCCCUUGCCUCGCCCUUCUCAGAAAGGCAUUCCUCAAAUUUGACCUUCAGGACAGAGGUUGGAGAAUUGAAUUGAUUUGGAGGACUCAGGAAGAAGAGCAUCUCUGGGGAAGUGAAGGGUGGAGGUACAGCUAGGAAUGGCAGAGAGCUCCAGGGGCCCUGGAAGUUGUCUGCUUCCUUCCUGGUCACCCCACUCCCUUCACUUCCCCAGACAGGCCCGUCCACCUCCAAAGACUCAAAUUAAGCUUUAAAAGAUAAAGCGUGAUACAGAAAACUUUAUUUGAUCUUCUUUCACUUGUUUAAUUUGGGUAGCACUGGGCAUCAACACAGAGCCUGCUCAUGGCCCAGAGCUGUUGGGGGUAAAAGAGGGGCAGGGGCAUGGGAGAGUGGGUAGAGGAUGAAUGGAGAAGGUAUUAGUCAGAUCCUGAGGAAUAGGUCUUGUCUCUAUUCCCCAGUAACCAACAAGGUAGGUUCUGGAGGCUUGAUGUCCAUCAGUUAUCUUUUCAGCCCCUUCCAAACCAGGAGACCUCUAAUGGUACAGGACUUCCCCCAUCCCUCACUUCCCAAGGAUAUUUCCUCCUAAAGGGCUUGGGAUCAGUGAAGGGUGGACAGUCAGAGAGUGAGAAGGAAGAAGACACUAACAUAGCCUCUCCUGUCCUCUUUGUGAAAUCCAUCAGCCUGUAUUCCAAUGAUAUCAGCCCAGGGUCUAAUUGUAAUAGAGAACCCAAACAGAACUAACAGGCAGUUUUCAGCGGGCCCCUCCACCACUGCUGAUUUUCACUGAAAAACGUGUGAAAAAAAAUCUCAUCACUUUAUGAUGAGCUUACUAAGUCUGUUUGACCUAGAUCAACUGCCUGCAUUCCCUGAAUUACACACACUACUUUACCCUCCCGUGUCCAAAUUAACUCAGAAUUUCAGGAGAGGAAGCCACUAGCCUAGGAGGAUACCUUGGUUCCAAAGAUACGGGUCACUUUGCUGUGCCAUUUAUAAUAAAGAGAUGACUACACACAACUAUGCGAUGGAGGAAAAGACUGGCAAAGCAAGACAACAGAAAGACUCUGGUACCCCCAGAACAGAUCCCAAACUGCCAGAAUGGGAACUUCUACCAAAGAAAAGAAAGCUGGUGGGGGUUGGGGGCGGAUCUAGAGGGGCUAGCAAUGUCAUUAAGCAGAAUGGAGAGCUUGUUAGAUGUGGAGGUGUUGAGUUUGUUUUUGUUUUUGUUUUUUGCGGGGCAAUUGGGGUUAAGUGACUUGCCCAGGGUCACACAGCUAGUAAGUGUUAAGUGUCUGAGGCCGGAUUUGAACUCAGGUACUCCUGAAUCCAGGGCCAGUGCUCUAUCCACUGUGCCACCUAGCUGCCCCAGAGGUGUUGAGUUUGAAGGGGAUGUAGAAGGGGAAAUAAAAGUUAUUCAAAGUAAUUCAAGCGUGCACUCCCAUUUCCAAAGGGAGUCCUGAAUUAGAGCAAGGGAGUGUAAUUAGACAAAAGGAUCCAGACCCUGAACAGGAUAGGAGAUGAGGAUCAAGGUAAAAAAAAGAAAAAAAAUCAGAUUGACAAACAGGUCUUGAAAGCAGGGGGUGGAGUUAGACUAUUUAUAAUUUUGAAAUCUCACCUUCCUCUCUCCUCCCUCUUAGAAAUGCCACCAUAUCCCAGGGUUUGUCAUUACAUUCCAGAAAUUCUAAGUCUCCUCAUAAUCCAUCAUGCUGCAAACCUUGCCUAUUUCCUUUAUAAAGCAUUGGUUCAGACAACUGGAAAUCC